AGUACGGAUGCCUUGUCCCGACGAACGGAAGGCGAUCUCGCAGAAAGCAUGGUGUUUGGUGUUUGCGUAGGUUCGAAUCGCUUGAUGAACGUGAACUUCCGACGCUUCUGACCACUUGAUUUUAUGUGACCGAAACAGGGCCACUGUAACCAAGUCGCAGUCCAGUCUGCAGCAUGUUCGCCCUCUGCCGGCAAGCCCUGCGCAGUGUCGUCGCAUCGCCCUCUACGCCGUCCCUCGCUAGCCAGUUCCUCAAAAGCGGCAUCAGCACGACGCCCGCCGCACUCUGCCUCUUCAACCGGAACAUGCCCGUGCCGCGGAAAUGGCCGCUCCAGAACAAGAAGAUCUACCCUCCGCAGGAACCGGAGGAAGAGCGGCGUCCCGCCUGGGUGUGCCACUACCGCAACCAGAUACGCUACUCUCCCAAGAAGAUGCUGGCUCUCACCCAGUUCAUCCGUGGCAUGAGCAUAGACGAGGCCAUCAAGCAGCUCUCGUUUGUCCAGAAGAAAGGGGCCAAAAUCAUGCUCGAGGUCCUCAAAGAGGCCCAGGAGUUGGCGGUGAAGCACCACAACGUGGAGUUCAAGUCUAACCUGUGGGUGGCCGAGUCGUUCACAGGGAAGGGGGUCUGCAUCAAGGGGUUGAGGAGGCACGCGCGGGGGAGGAUGGGGAUGAUCCGUUACCAGUACUCGCACUUCUUUGUGAGGCUCGUGGAGGGCGCCCCUCCGAAGCACUACUACGGUGCGCCCAAGACAGCAGAGCAGAAGCUGGAGGAGUAUGUGCAGACGUUGAGGGAUCGGAGGAUUACGCACGGGAUCUGAAUUUCCGAUCUGGUUGCUGUUUGUUCCUAGGGUUUGCAGAAAUAAAAUGUGCGAGACGAAAA